CUUUUCUGGGUAUCCCGUAAUAGCUUUGAAUUGUAAGAUUUUUUUUAGGUUGAAAUUGUUGGUGGGGUUUUAAAAUUUUAGUGGUUUGGUUGAUUUGCAGUGGUGAGAAAAAUGGUUUCAGGUGCAAAGACACACAGUUUUGAAGAGGUUGCAAAUCACAACAAGAUCAAAGAUUGCUGGCUCAUUAUUUCUGGGAAGGUGUAUGACGUAACUCCAUUCAUGGAUGAGCAUCCCGGAGGCGGCGAAGUCUUGCUUUCAGCGACGGGGAAGGAUGGGACAAAUGAUUUUGAAGAUAUUGGGCACAGUGAUGAAGCUAGAGAAAUGAUGGAAAAAUACUACAUCGGUGUGACUGAUUCUAAAACUGUCCCGACCAAGCGCACCUACAUUCCGCCGCAAGAAACGCCAAACAACGCCAACGCUAAGGCCUCUGAAUCACUGGUUAAGAUGCUACGAUUUCUACUGCCCCUCUUCAUUCUCGGCUUGGCUCUUACACUUGGUCUCUACACCAAGAAAGACUAGGAAGGAAGUUUUUACUUUAAAAAAAGU